UGUAAAGAAAAUCAAAUAUUUUAUAAUAGAGAAUACUAGAUAAUCAAUACUUUUCAAAGAUGGAAUUAAAUGGAAUGAGUAUGGGUAUAGGUGUUGGUGUUGGUUCUUCACCUCCUCCUUCUUCAUCAAGUACUGUUAAUCCUAAAAAGAAGAGACGUACAAAUACAAAUACUACUCAAGCUACACAACGUACUCCAUCAAUGCAAGAUUAUGUACCUCCACCAUUAUCAGGAUUUGGGGAUACUGUUGUCGCUAGUAAUCCUUUUGAUGACAUGCCACAACCAGGGCUAAAUUCUACUAUGCACAAUGGUCCACAGCAAAUGCAUCCUCAUCAUCAUCAUUUAGGAAAUCCACAAAUGCGUGGAAUGAAUUCUUUAACGCCUGGUAAUUUGAAUUCUAUGAUACCACAUAUGAGUAAUGUAAAUUCGAUGAAUAAUUCGACAAUUGGCAAUCAUAUGGGCCAUAUAGGAAACUUACCAAAUACAAAUCAUUCAUCAAUUAAUAAUAUGAGUCCAAUAAAUAAUAUGCGACCAAACAUACCACAAAAUUCAAUCAGUUCUAUUAAUAAUCAUAUGAAUAUGAAUCAUAUGAUGAAUUCUCAAAUAAGUGGUUCUGCAAUAAAUAAUCCAAUAAAUGGGUUAAACCACAGUUUAGGAAGUCCUAUGGGUGGACCAAUAGGUUCGCCCAUAAAUAACAUUAGCCCUAAUCAUAUGGCUAAUAGCACUUUAAAUGUAUCAACAAUGAAUGCAACAAAUAAUGCUCUUUCGCAUAGUGCAUCUCAAUCUCAUUCAAACCAUUUAAAUAAUAUACGUACUGGUUUAAAUAGAUCCCACAAUAUGUCAAUGUCAACUAUGAAUUCAUCACUACCUAAUACUAUGCUAGGUACUAACCAAAUGAAUAAUUUAAAUAUGAUAAGAUCUCAAAUAACCAAUAUUCAAAAUGUAAAUUUAAAUCAACGCAAUCACUUAGGACACUUAGGUAAUCCUAUGAGCAAUGUUUCAAAUAACUUAAGUGCGAAAUCUCCUAGUCAUGGAAUAAAUAUUGGCAAUGCAAUGCCUCAGCAUGGAUUACAAGGACCUCCUUCACUAGGGCCUAAACCAAUACCAGAAUCUACGGGUAAAGUAUAUCCACCAGAUCAACCAAUGGUAUUUAAUCAUCAAAAUCCAAAUGCUCCACCAAUUUCCCCAUGUGGAGUUUGCCAUAAAGAAGUUCAUGCUAAUGAUCAAGCUAUUCUUUGUGAAUCUGGCUGUAAUUUUUGGUUUCAUAGGCGAUGUACAGGAUUGUCUGAAAUUGCUUAUGAUUUAUUAAUGCAAGAGGUAUGUGCUGAAUGGGUUUGUGAUAGAUGUAUGCAGUCCAAAAAUGUAUCUUUGGUGAAAUUUAAACCCUAAAAUACUUCAAUCAGUGUUUAUUUCAUGUUACAAAAAAUGAAAUGUAUAUGUACA